AUGUUAUUAAUACAAAAAGAGUCGUUUAAUGGUGAAACAGAUGAUAAGCUAAGACGACUCAGACCAUUUGUCGAUAGUCAGGGUCUAAUAAGAGCUAAGUCUAAAGUUGCUUAUCGUAACGAUUCUAGCAGCUUUAAGUUCCCCAUCAUAUUACCUUCUGAGCAUCCAGUAGUCAAAUUAUUGAUAUUAAGUGCACACAAAGAUUUGUUGCAUGCAGGUACUACAUUAUUGAUGUCGCAUUUAAGAGAAAGAUACUGGAUCUUAAAAUCACGUAAAACUAUAAGAAACUGUAUAAGAAAAUGUGUAACAUGUCAGAGAUUUAAGGCUAAAAGAGGUGAGACAGUCCCAGGCGUUUUACCAAAUGAUAGGGUUCGUGAUUCAGCCAUUUUUGAAAUCGGAGGGUGUGAUCUUGCAGGACCCUUGCAUUUAAAGGAUGGACGAAAAUCGUAUAUUGUGCUCUUCACCUGUGCGGUUUAUCGUGCUAUCCAUAUGGAACUGGUUACCUCAUUAACAACUGAAUCAUUUUUUCAAGCUUUAAGACGUUUUAUCGCACGUCGUGGACGCCCUACCACCAUAUAUUCCGAUAAUGGGAAAAUUUUGUGGGUGCAGAGAGAGUUCUGCAAACCAUUGACUGGGACAUGCCUCUGCUCUAAGGCUGCUGAAAAAGAGAAUACAAUGGAAAUUUAA